AAAAUUAAUGGUUCUUUACGCAUUCACAAGUCGAUAAAUGAUGUUGUUAUUCUUUUCGUAUUUGUUACUCAAAAAUUUCAUUUGGUAAUUCGGAUUCUAAAGGAGUGUAGAGAAUAAAAGAGUUGUUGCUUACGUACUUCUCUAAACACCUUGGUAAACGUGUCUAAACACCUGUGUAACGUUGCUUAUAUUUUUAGCGUCUUUGCUAUGUGAAUAAGAUGUAACAUGGUAAUAGUAAAAGAGAAUAUUUGUGGUAUGAACGGAAACGUUUCUUCCUACCACACGGCAAUGAGAAGAAAAUAAAACUUCCCCUAGUAAACAUUUGUGACACAAAAUUGUCGGAAAUUUUGACUUCAAGCUACAUACGUGUGCUCGACUAAAUCCAAUUUUUUAAAAGAAAAUUUUCAAGCCACGAAAAUUUUCAGAAUAUUUAAAUAGAAAGAUGUUAACACAGCUUAAAGAACACUAGAAAAAUAAUAAUUCUCUCGUUUUCCCAGACCUAUAAAAUAAGAGAUCUCAUAAAAUAAUAAAAUUCAAAUGUAGAAGGAAAGUUCGUGAAGCAAUUGACCUCAUAAAAUGAAUCGUAUUUAUGGAGUUUCACGUUAAUGCAAUGACUACAAAAGCAAACUUAAUUUAUAGUUUUGUAAGGUAUAUACUUGUAGAUUCUUCAAAAUGUUCCUUCGUUCCUUGUAUUUUUAGACUUAUAAAUACCAAACGCCUCCCAGAUUUCUCGUUAGUUUCCAUUUCAUCGUGUUUCUUGUAAGGUUUCAUCCUCUCUCCAUAUGCAUGCAUGUGUGCCAGUAUAAUAUUUUAUAUACGUUGGUAUUUUUCUUUAUUAUGAAACAAUCAACUAUUGCUUAACUUGGAGUGAAACGAUUAGAUUAAGAAUAAAAACAGAAACAAGCUUAAUUAAGUAGAUUGAUUCCUCACGUUUGAAAAGGGUAUCUUAAUUUCUUAGCCUCACACAUACUUAUCCGGACUCUUUCAACCUUUGACAAAUCGCUUAUAAACUGCAUUUAUGUUUGCGUAGAUAACUGCCCUUAUUAUCACAUGCCUAUGUUUCAGAAUAUAUAAUUAUAUAGUAGUGUGUGUUACAUUUAUCUCUCAGGUCAGUAAACAACAGAGAAGAACCAAAAAAAGAAAAAGAGAAACAAAAAAUGGCGAGGAAGGGGAAAGAAGUCUUGAACGCUUUAGAUGCGGCCAAAACGCAGAUGUACCAUUUCACAGCGAUUGUAAUCGCGGGUAUGGGCUUUUUUACUGAUGCUUACGAUCUCUUUAGCAUCUCUCUCGUCACAAAGCUCCUUGGCCGUAUAUACUACCAUGUUGAUGGAUCCAAGAAGCCUGGAACACUCCCUCCAAACGUUGCUGCUGCUGUGAAUGGCGUUGCCUUUUGUGGUACCCUCGCUGGCCAGCUCUUCUUUGGCUGGCUUGGAGACAAGCUUGGCCGCAAGAAAGUUUACGGUAUUACUUUGAUGGUCAUGGUACUAUGUUCACUUGGGUCUGGUCUAUCAUUUGGUCACUCAUCUAACGGAGCGAUGGCCACACUCUGUUUCUUCCGGUUCUGGCUCGGUUUCGGCAUAGGCGGCGACUACCCUCUCUCGGCCACCAUCAUGUCCGAAUACGCCAACAAGAAGACACGUGGCGCAUUCAUAGCCGCCGUUUUUGCCAUGCAAGGCUUCGGAAUCUUGGCCGGAGGGAUUGUGUCUCUCAUCGUCUCCAGUGCGUUUGACCACGCGUUCGAUGCGCCGACCUAUGAGGUUGAUCCGGUCGGGUCAACUGUACCGCAGGCAGAUUACGUGUGGCGUAUUGUGCUCAUGUUUGGAGCUAUCCCGGCGUUGCUAACUUAUUAUUGGCGGAUGAAGAUGCCGGAAACCGCGAGGUAUACAGCUCUUGUUGCUCGGAAUACUAAACAAGCUGCCGCCGAUAUGUCUAAGGUACUUCAAGUUGAUCUAAUAGCAGAAGAAGACCCACAGUCAAACCCGUCUUCAUCAAACCCAAACUCCUUCGGCUUAUUCUCCAAAGAAUUCGCUCGCCGUCACGGCCUCCACCUCGUCGGCACAACCACCACCUGGUUCCUCCUCGACAUCGCCUAUUACAGCAGCAACCUCUUCCAAAAAGACAUCUACAGCGCCAUCGGAUGGAUCCCCGCGGCCGAGACAAUGAACGCCAUCCACGAAGUCUACACCGUCUCCAGAGCUCAAACUCUCAUCGCUCUCUGCGGCACCGUCCCUGGCUACUGGUUCACCGUCGCGCUCAUCGACUACCUCGGUCGCUUCUUCAUACAGCUAAUGGGCUUUAUCUUCAUGACCGUCUUCAUGUUCGCGCUCGCGAUACCGUACGAUCAUUGGAGGCAUAGAGACAACAGGAUCGGGUUCUUGAUCAUGUAUUCGUUGACGAUGUUCUUUGCCAACUUUGGUCCUAACGCGACGACGUUUGUUGUCCCGGCUGAGAUUUUUCCGGCGAGGCUUAGGUCGACUUGUCAUGGGAUAUCGGCGGCGAGUGGGAAAGCAGGAGCUAUAGUUGGAGCUUUUGGGUUUCUUUACGCUGCGCAGAGUACUGAUCCGAAGAAGACCGAUGCUGGUUAUCCGCCGGGGAUCGGAGUUAGGAACUCGUUGUUGAUGCUUGGAGGUGUUAACUUCUUGGGGAUUGUUUUCACUUUGUUGGUUCCGGAGUCGAAAGGGAAGUCUUUGGAAGAGCUUUCGAGAGAGCAUGAGGAGCAGAUUGGUGGCGGAGGUGGAGGUGAUGGGACGGAGAUUAUGGAUGUAGCUAAUUCUGGUAGAACAGUCCCGGUUUGAUUUUGGUUUUUCUGUUACUUGUAAGUACUUGACAUAUUACGAAUGAAUAAAAGUUUUUUAAGAUUAUGUGUUUCUCUCUUUCUCCAUCAAUGUAUCUCAUAUAACUUUACUUUUAUCUAGAAAUAUAUUUAGAACCCAUUGGUCUGUUGAGUGUUUAUGAUUGCAAUAACGAACUUGUUGUGUUUGGCCAA